AUGUUCAAGUUUACUACUAGAAUUGGGCUUAAAACUGGGCCAAAAUAUGGAUUUAAUCCAAUCAUAAGAAGAGCUUAUGCGCAGAAUUUGAAGGGUAAAGCUACUGUUAAAGAGCCAACUGGUUUGAAGAAAUUAAUAAAACAGUACGGAUGGUCUGCUUUAGGUGUUUAUUUGGGAUUAUCGUGUAUUGAUUUACCGAUUUGCUUCCUUGCAGUACACUCUUUAGGGGAAGAGACAAUCAAAGUUUACAUCAAUCGAGUCAAGCAAUUAGCAAACUACGGUAAGGACGAACAAGAGUUGCGGAAUGAGAUUAGAGAAAAGCAGAACCGAGAGGAGUUGGACAGGCAAAGUGGUGCUCAAGACAAAAGCGUGUGGGAGAAUUUCAAAGAAAGUACUCUUCUGACGGAGAUUUUGAUCGCUUAUGGGAUCCAUAAAUCCUUGAUAUUUAUUAGGGUGCCAAUUACCGCUGCUAUAACUCCAAGCGUGGUGAAGGUUUUGCGUAGGUUUGGGUUCUCAGCUGAUAAAUUCAAUAAGGGGUUUAAGACCAUGGCCGAUGGUGCAAAGAUUAGAAACAAGACCGGCAAACCCGAUGAUUUCAUUAAGAAUGGAUCAGUCCCCAAAUCGGAGUUUUCAAAAGGAAAGAAAUGGUUCAACGGUAUGAUGUGA